AUGGUCUCUAAUUGCUUUAGCCUGAGCCUCCAUCUCCAUCUUCAUCCCCACAAACACAAUCAUCAUUCACUUUCUUCCUUGAGAUCCCACACAAAUGCUAAACUCGAUCAUCACCAUGUCUCAAUCACUGCUUCAAGCCGCAAGAGAUUCUACACUUCUUCUGGGUCACCUUUUGAUCCAGGACAUAAAAGUCUCAAACACUGUCCGACCCGGUCCUGCGACGACUUGGGUUCUAGACGAUCCGGUCUCAUCCGCCCAAGAUUCUCGGCGAUGACAGGCUCAGAAUUCGAUGAAGUAGGGUACGACGAGUCCCAAUUCGAUUCGACCCUCACGAAUGAUGACUUGAAACCGACGAAACCAAGCCAAAGAACGUUUUCCUGGUUGGAUAUGUCUAGUUUAUGGAUCGGUCUAGUAGUUGGUGUGCCUACUUACUACUUAGCUGGAAGCUUAGUUGACCUUGGCAUGGCUUGGUGGCAAGGGAUAGCCACAGUGGUCGCUGCCAAUCUAAUACUGCUCGUGCCGCUGGUUCUCACCGCCCAGCCUGGUACCAUGUACGGUAUCUCCUUCCCUGUUCUGGCUAGAUCAUCGUUUGGCAUCCGCGGAGCUCACAUUCCAACUCUGCUCAGAGCAUUAGUAGGUUGCGGAUGGUAUGGUAUCGAGACAUGGAUCGGAGGAGAAGCUAUCUUCUUGCUCUUACCAAGUCACAUCAAGAACUCGGCUUUGUCUCAUACAUUGCCUUGGCUAGGUACUUCUCCGCUUGAGUUCUCUUGUUUCAUGGUCUUUUGGUUGGCUCAGCUUUGUAUUGUCUGGAGAGGAAUGGACGGAAUCAGAAAGCUCGAGAAGUACUCAGCUCCGAUUCUGAUCAUUCUCACUUCUUGUCUCCUUGUCUGGUCCUAUCUCAAAGCUGGUGGGUUUGGUCACAUGCUUUCCUUGUCAUCCAAGCUAACCUCUGCUCAGUUCUGGACUCUCUUCUUCCCGUCUCUAACCGCAAACAUAAGCUUCUGGGCAACUCUAGCUUUAAACAUCCCCGAUUUCUCCCGGUUUGCGAAAUCCCAGACCGAUCAAAUCAUCGGUCAAGCUGGUCUUCCUGUUUUCAUGGGUUUAUUCACGUUCGUCGGUUUAGCUGUUACGUCCUCCACAAGUAUCAUCUUUGGAAGAGUCAUCUCUAAUCCGAUUCAGCUUCUUGGUCAAAUUGGAGGCCUAGCCACAACUCUACUAGCUAUCUUCGGAAUCUCCCUCGCUACAAUCACAACAAACAUAGCAGCAAACGUUGUCGCGCCAGCAAACGCGCUUGUGAAUCUAAACCCUAAGGUUUUCACAUUCGGACGAGGUGCCUUAUUAACCGCGGUUCUUGGAAUCGCUUGUCAGCCAUGGAGACUGCUCAAAUCGAGCGAGAGCUUUGUCUACACAUGGCUUAUCGGAUACUCGGCGCUUCUAGGUCCGAUCGGCGGGAUAAUUCUAGCCGAUUAUUACCUGAUCAAGAAGAUGAAACUGAACAUUGGAGAUUUGUACUCUUUGAGUCCUUCAGGGAAAUAUUAUUUCUAUAAGGGAUAUAAUGUCGUCGCCAUCGUGGCUUUGAUCGCCGGAAUCAUCCCUGUCGUGCCUGGUUUUCUACACAAGAUCGGAGCUUUGUCGGAGAUCUCAAAUGGGUUCGUCGUUGUUUACGACAAUGCAUUGUUUUUCAGCUUCUUGAUCGCAGGAUUUGUCUAUUGGAUCAUAAUGUCUUAUUUGAGAAAGAAACAGAGCUCGUUGUCUUCUUCUUCUUCACAGACGCUUUUGUAA